GCACUACCCGCGCUGUGCCAAUGACGGAGGUCGCGGUCUGUCCUAUAUAACGACAACACACCGCCGAUCAGCUUACAACCCGACUCACGCGCAAACCGCCAACAUCCACCAACUCCCCAACCACUGGUGCGGCCAAGUUUUACGAGCGCGUCAGUCUGCGCGUACGCACCGCUCGGGCUCAGCAGCGCCCCCUAGUGAUACAGUGACAGUGCCUGUAACGUUCGAGAUAUCAAGCAACAUGAAUAGCUACGUCAAAAUCGCGGUAGUGUUAUGUGCGUGUUUAGCACUAAGCUUAGCACAAUUCGGCUUGAAUGACUACUCAGCCGAUUACCUCACUAGUUUCGGGUCUCCAAGCUUCAACACCUUUUCAGCAGCAGCCGCGAGAGAUCCCAGAGCCAACACGGGCCCAGUAGUGUUCCCCCCCUCCCCGCCUGGAGACCCAUCCCAGACUAGCGGCGUCGUUGUAGGCGCUUCAGGAUAUGGCUUUGUCCCGCCCGGUUCCCAAGGUCGCGCACUGCCGAGAUACUUCUACCAGGGCUUCUUUUUAAGAAGAUAAAAGAAAAUUAGACAAUGUGUUUCAAGUAACUAAAUUAUAUAAAAAUGUACAAAUAAUUUAACGAACAUGUAACCAUUGUGAAUAAUCAGAUUCAUGUCAUGUCAUGUAUAUUAAAUAAGUUAUAAUUUUGUAAUAUAUACACAUAUAUAUAUAUUUAUGUGCAAUAAUGUAAAGAUAGUAUAUUCAAAACAUGUACAUUUGUAAAUUUUAAAUCUGUGAUAAACUAGGUACAGUCAAGUUGAAAAUAAUUAUGUAAAAUAAUUCUAGCAGUCUUUUUAGACUUGUCUGUCAAUAGAUUGUAUGGUUCCAAAUAAUUUAUGUAUGUCGUGUAUAAUGCUGGAAUGGGAAUGUAUGUAGUAAUAUAAAGUUAAAUAAACUAUACAAUUUUA